UGUAGGCUGCAGUGAGCCGGUAUCGCACAACUGCACCACAGCCUGGGCAGCAGAACGAGAAAUAAAUAAAUAAAUAAAAGCCAGAAAGUAAAAAUAAAGUGUCAGAUGGCGAUUCGAGCUGAGGAGUUAAUCAGGCAGGGAAAAGAAACUGAAAGCGAGGAGUGGCUGGCAAGGCUCCUUCGGAAGGUGGCAAUAACAGUCAUAGACGGGUCACAUCAAUUAGGUGUUUACUGCGAGCCAGUGUGUGCCACCAACCUCACACCCGAAAGCCACAAAGACUCACGCCACAACGCAACGAGGCAGGGGCUCCUCCUCCUCCCUUGGUACACGGAAAGAAGCGUAGGGAGCAGAGUUGGGAUGCUAGUCAGUACCCCCCUGCACCUAGCCCUUGCCCCUCCGUCUCGCUUUCCCCACUCCCGCUCCGGCGGAGGCAAGGUUAACAUUAGACGAGGCUGUGGCGACCGGAAAGAGCGCAGGCGCAGAGCGCGGAAUGCGCCUGCGCAGAGCGCAGGGCGACGUGGCCAGCCGGGGCCCGGAAGUGGUCCCUGUAGAACCACUGUCGGGCCGCUACUCCGUGCCGCGCCCGUCGAGCAUUGCGUUGCUGCAUUGCGCCCCACCGACUCCACUAUGUUGAAGAAAUUCGACAAGAAGGAUGAGGAGUCAGGUGGAGGCUCCAACCCAUUCCAGCACCUUGAGAAGAGUGCCGUACUCCAGGAGGCCCGUGUAUUUAACGAAACUCCCAUCAACCCUCGGAAAUGUGCCCACAUCCUCACCAAGAUUCUUUAUCUCAUAAACCAGGGGGAGCACCUGGGGACCACGGAAGCGACCGAGGCCUUCUUUGCCAUGACCAAGCUCUUUCAGUCCAAUGAUCCCACACUCCGUCGGAUGUGCUACUUGACCAUCAAGGAGAUGUCUUGCAUCGCAGAGGAUGUCAUCAUUGUCACCAGCAGCCUAACAAAAGACAUGACUGGGAAAGAAGACAACUACCGGGGCCCAGCUGUGCGAGCCCUCUGCCAGAUCACCGACAGCACCAUGCUGCAGGCUAUUGAGCGCUACAUGAAACAAGCCAUUGUGGACAAGGUGCCCAGUGUCUCCAGCUCUGCCCUUGUGUCUUCCUUGCACCUGCUGAAGUGCAGCUUUGAUGUGGUCAAGCGCUGGGUGAAUGAGGCUCAGGAGGCGGCAUCCAGUGAUAACAUCAUGGUCCAGUACCACGCACUAGGGCUCCUGUACCAUGUGCGUAAGAAUGACCGCCUGGCCGUCAAUAAGAUGAUCAGCAAGGUCACACGGCACGGCCUUAAGUCUCCCUUUGCCUACUGCAUGAUGAUCCGGGUGGCCAGCAAGCAGCUGGAAGAGGAGGAUGGCAGCCGUGACAGCCCACUGUUUGACUUCAUCGAGAGCUGCUUGCGCAACAAGCAUGAGAUGGUGGUGUAUGAAGCCGCCUCGGCCAUCGUCAAUCUGCCAGGCUGCAGUGCCAAAGAGCUGGCCCCGGCUGUGUCAGUGCUCCAGCUUUUCUGCAGCUCACCCAAGGCUGCUCUCCGCUAUGCUGCUGUUCGUACCCUCAAUAAGGUUGCCAUGAAGCAUCCGUCAGCUGUGACAGCUUGUAAUCUGGAUCUGGAGAACCUGGUCACAGAUUCAAACCGCAGUAUUGCCACGCUGGCCAUCACCACCCUCCUUAAGACAGGCAGCGAGAGCAGCAUUGACCGCCUCAUGAAGCAGAUCUCCUCCUUCAUGUCAGAGAUCUCAGAUGAAUUCAAGGUGGUGGUUGUCCAGGCCAUCAGUGCCCUGUGUCAGAAAUAUCCUCGCAAACAUGCCGUCCUUAUGAACUUCCUGUUCACCAUGCUGCGGGAAGAGGGUGGCUUUGAGUAUAAGCGCGCUAUCGUGGACUGCAUCAUCAGCAUCAUUGAAGAGAACUCAGAGAGCAAGGAGACAGGGCUGUCACAUCUGUGCGAGUUCAUCGAGGACUGCGAGUUCACGGUGCUGGCCACCCGUAUUCUACAUCUCCUGGGCCAGGAGGGGCCCAAGACCACCAACCCCUCAAAGUACAUCCGCUUCAUCUAUAACCGAGUGGUCUUGGAGCAUGAGGAGGUCCGGGCAGGUGCUGUGAGUGCUCUGGCCAAGUUUGGAGCCCAGAAUGAAGAGAUGUUACCCAGUAUCUUGGUGUUGCUGAAGAGGUGUGUGAUGGAUGAUGACAAUGAAGUAAGGGACCGAGCCACCUUCUACCUAAAUGUCCUGGAGCAGAAGCAGAAGGCCCUCAAUGCAGGCUAUAUCCUAAAUGGUCUGACUGUGUCCAUCCCUGGUCUGGAGAGGGCUCUGCAGCAGUACACUCUAGAACCAUCAGAAAAACCUUUUGACCUCAAGUCUGUGCCCCUGGCCACGGCGCCCAUGGCAGAGCAGAGAACAGAAAGCACCCCCAUCACAGCAGUCAAACAGCCUGAGAAAGUGGCAGCUACCAGGCAGGAGAUCUUCCAGGAGCAGUUGGCGGCGGUGCCAGAGUUCCGGGGUCUUGGGCCCCUCUUCAAGUCCUCGCCUGAGCCCGUGGCCCUCACUGAGUCAGAGACGGAGUAUGUCAUCCGCUGCACCAAACACACCUUCACCAACCACAUGGUUUUUCAGUUUGACUGCACAAACACACUCAAUGACCAGACCUUGGAGAAUGUCACAGUGCAGAUGGAGCCCACUGAGGCCUAUGAGGUGCUCUGUUACGUGCCUGCCCGGAGCCUGCCCUACAACCAGCCUGGGACCUGCUACACACUGGUGGCACUGCCCAAAGAAGACCCCACAGCUGUGGCCUGCACAUUCAGCUGCAUGAUGAAGUUCACUGUCAAGGACUGUGAUCCCACCACUGGGGAGACCGAUGACGAAGGCUAUGAGGAUGAGUAUGUGCUGGAAGAUCUGGAAGUUACUGUAGCUGAUCACAUUCAAAAGGUCAUGAAACUGAACUUCGAAGCAGCCUGGGAUGAGGUAGGGGAUGAAUUUGAGAAGGAGGAAACAUUCACCUUGUCUACCAUCAAGACACUUGAAGAGGCUGUGGGUAAUAUUGUGAAGUUCUUGGGAAUGCACCCUUGUGAGAGGUCAGACAAAGUGCCAGAUAACAAGAACACUCACACGUUGCUCCUGGCUGGUGUGUUCCGGGGUGGUCAUGACAUCCUGGUGCGCUCCCGGCUGCUGCUUUUGGACACAGUGACAAUGCAGGUGACAGCCAGAAGUUUGGAGGAGUUGCCAGUAGACAUCAUCUUGGCAUCUGUGGGAUAAGGGGCCAGCCUGCAUAGGACCUUAUACCCUUCCCCAACACUACCUGGAAGUUGUGCCUUCCUCAUGAAACUGGCGGAAACCCCUUCCCAAGCUUCUGCAUUGAAAAACAAUUAGGAAUCAUUGCAGAUUUUUUUUUUUUAUUCUGCCCCCACCUCCCACCCGGGACUACUUGCGGGUGACUUUUUUUUUUUUUUUUUAAAUAGGGGAUGAUUUUAGCUUGUCCUAAAUCUUGCUAUCCUCCCUUCCAGGAAAGGGACAUUGUAAAUGAAUAAAACAUUCUCAACUCCUCUUGAAUCUAUCCCCCAAGAAACCAUCUUAUCCCUGUAAUAAAUCAGCAUGUAUUUAUUGAA